AAUCUCUGUUAGCAUUGUUAGCACUGUCAGCAUUGUUAGCACUGUUAGCAUUGUUAGCAUUGGAAGAAACUAGCAGGCAGCCGCCUCCAUUGUUCCCUCCCCCUCAGCGCCAUGAGUUACUCUGACUGUGACUCUGACGGCUACCUGUCUCAUGAAGACGCUGACUAUGUUCCCUCAGAUGAUAACCUGAGUGAGGAUGACAUCAAUGAGUGUGAGAAGGAGGACCCUCUGCAUGAGGACGACGCCGUGCCUCAUCCUGAAGCCGCUCAAAAGAAGAAAAAGAGAAGAAAGGACGUCGGCGUGAAGAAUAACAGCGAGAGGUUAAAGCAGGGAGGGAAUGACGGCAGCGAGGAGGCAGCGCCGCUAAAGGAGGAUGCCGAUGAUGAAGAGAAACGGAAGAAGAAAUCAGAUGACCUUUGGGCCAGUUUCCUGUCUGACAUGGGAUCAAGGCCCAAAGGCUCCGCCCCCACCUGCCCGUCAGAGACCGCCGAGGAUGAACCUUCAGCUUCAAAGGUUACGACUUCUUCAGGGGCAGAUUCCAAACCAUCCGGACCUUCUAAGGUCACCAUCACCAAGGUGUUUGACUUCGCUGGAGAAGAAGUGCGGGUGAAUAAGGAGGUGUCGGCGGAUUCCAGGGAAGCUAAGACUUAUCUGAAGAGUCAGAGCGCUCAGCAGGAGGAGGGCCAGGAGGCAAGUCCGGCCUCGAAGAAGCCGACCCUCCCCGGGCCCAGUGUGAAGCGUCCAGCAGGCAUGUCCAGCAUCCUCGGUCAGAUUGGAGGAAAGAAACAGAAGAUGAGCACGCUAGAGAAGUCCAAGAUGGACUGGGACGCCUUCAAAUCCGAGGAGGGCAUCACCGAGGAACUGGCCAUCCACAACAGAGGCAGAGAAGGGUAUGUGGAGCGGAAGAACUUCCUGGAGCGCGUGGACCAUCGGCAGUUUGAGCUGGAGAAAGCGGUCCGACUGAGCAACAUGAAGCGAUGACACGCCGGCGGUCCGCAGACGGACGGAGCAGUGCGGCGUCUGAAUCCCUGGGAUUGUUGGUUCCUCCUGGCAGGUUGGAUUCUGCUCCUGUAAUGAGAUCCAUCUGGGUCUGAGGCUCCUGCCUAUUUCAGGCUGGGUGUAUAAAUAGGCUCCUGGAGCCUCGGCCUGCUUCCUGCUCCCAGCCAGAGAUGAACGUCUCCUGCUGCUCAGGUGUGAACAUGGCUGCUCCGUUCGUCCAAGGAUCAGAUGAAAACAUUAACUGGUUUCUGUUGGUUCGUGUUUCGGGUCUCAUCGUCACACAACAGUCGGAGCUUCCAGAAGAACCGGAAGCGGAUCUAGAUUAGAACUCUGUUCUGGAGGGUUGGACCUAAACUGCAGCUCAUGUU